ACUGCAAAAGGACACUCCCGAGAAAACAUUAAAACACUUUCCGGUAAUUAAAACCUCUGCUGAGCCUUUUGCAGUCAGUAUGAGUGCGGACUGCAGCGGCUAUUACAGUGCAGAGAAGGUGUUUGUGGAUGCCUUCACCUGUCCCAAACCUGAGAGUGACGCCAGGGCAGUCUUCUGCUGCGGGUUUAAUGACAUUAAGUACUGCUGCGACGACCCGAAUAGCUUCUUUCCCUAUGAAUAUGGAUACAUGUGGUGGCUGAGCGUGGGAGCACUGGUGGGCCUGUCCGUCGCCGCCGUUAUUCUGCUGGCCUUCAUCGUGACCCUCUGUGUCCUCUGCUACCUUUUUAUCGCCACGAAGCCCAGCCAGCUGGACAACGGCUUGCAGCUGCAGGCUACAGGUCCCGGUGUCAGUGCCUUGGAGCAGCACGGCCACCUCAGCACUCCCACAGCGCCGCAGGGAUUCUGCAAGCACUUCCUCCCCUGCAAACUGGACUGCGACAACCAGCCGCCUGACCCUGACCGACUCUUCCAGAAGUGCUUCAUGGCCACCGUCACCGUAAACGUGGAGGGGCCGUCCCAAACCUGACCGCGCUGGCAGCUUGUGGGACACCAGGCUCUGCAGAAGGUGCUUCUUGUUUGCUAUUUCGCUGUCGGCUGACCAGGCAUAACUGGGCGAGCCUUUAAUUUGCUGCUCCUUUAUUUCCUUUGAAAGGACACAGUGGUUGGUUUCAGUAUAGAGAUGCUCACACUGACUUAAUAAAUAGACUGUCAAGCCUUCAUACAGUGUUGAUUGUACGUUGGGUUUGGGGUCGUUGUGUUUGGAAUCGAUGUGACGAUGUUCUUUUCACGGUGUUCGGAUUGUUCAGUGCAAUCUGCGAAGUAGCUGGAAUUUGCUGCUUUUCUUUGAUAUUUGCCAGCAUGCAUACAGGGUCAUUAUUUUGUACCUUUGUCAUAAGUGCCCAUCUCCAAGUGUGCAGGAGUUGGAUUUUCCCUGUAUCCUUCUUACUUUUUGUUUGCCAUUCUAAAAAGUGCCCUUGAAUUUGCAGAUCACCAAUGUCUA